AUGUCUCUGUUCAGCAAGAUCUCGUCGCUCCUGUCCGGCGACAACCUGGACAAGGCCAUCGCGCUGGGAUUCAGUCGCUUUGACAAGGACCAGAGCGGUUUCAUCGAGAAGAGUGAAGUUCUUGGCGUGAUCGAAACCAUCGUCAAGACCACGGGGCUGAACUGGGCGCCCCCGGGCGCGCUGAUCGACGGCGUCUUCUCCAAGGUGCGCUGCUCGUUGAUUGCCUGCUUGAUUGUGGUCUUGGACGACGUGUGA